UAAUCAGGUUCAGUAGCCACAGCGCCUCGAAGACAAGUGCUUGUGAACAAUGUUACAGACACACAUACAUCGGUGACGACGAGAAUUGUAGUGUUUGGUUUUACUAUCCAAAAAAAAGUGGAAAAUGAGUGCGCCGAAGAAGAGUUAUGUGCCGUUUUGGAGACAGUGCUUUCUCACGGCAAGUGUGGCAGUCAACAUCACGGGGCACGGCUGCGUCAUCGGCUACUCCGCGAUCCUGAUCCCCAGCCUCAGGGACCCUGACUCCCACAUCAAGGCCACGCCCAGCCAGGAAUCAUGGAUAGCGUCCAUCAUCGGCUUUGCUCUAAUUGUGGGCAACGUCAUCGUUACUCCUCUCAUGGAUUUAAUCGGCAGAAAAAAAUGCCACAUCGUCUCCACUAUACCUAUCUUGACAGGAUGGUUCCUGUUACUCCUGGCUGACAGCGUCCAAGCCAUAAUCCUGGCCAGAUUCCUACAAGGCGUAUCCAUGGGCUUACUGGGACCUUUAGGCUCGAUUAUCAUAAGUGAAAUGACGGAUCCAAAGAACAGAGGAGCCUUCUUGACUUGUGUGUCAUUAUCGUUGACUAUUGGAGUCAUGUUCACGCAUACCAUCGGGACUAUCUUGAGCUGGCAGCAAACAGCCUUGAUCUGCUCUUUUAUAACCUUUAUAAGCUUAAACAUGAUCAUUUUCACCACGGAAACACCGUCAUGGCUGAUAGCUAAAGGAAAAUACAAGGAAAGCAAAGAAGUAUUCUUCUACCUACGCGGCGAGGGUCCCGAGCAAGAAGACGAGCUAGAACACAUGAUGACAGCUCAGAAAAUGAUUCGGAAAUCCAGCGUUGUGGGUCAAAAACUAUCCCUUUGCACAAAAACUGGAAGAAUGUUCAGAUACCUAGGCAGAUCGUUCAAGAAACCUGAAUUUUAUAAACCAGUGGCUAUUAUGUUCCACUUAUAUACGUUAUUUCAAUUCGCUGGGAUUAACGUCAUCAGUUCUUACGCCAUGGAUAUCAUCGGACAGUUAGUGGGUCCUGAAGCGAAUGCUGCUCUAUUCAUGGUACUUCUAGAUUGUCAGAGACUCGUGUGUAACGUCUUAGCUGUGUAUGUGAUGCAGAAAUGCAACCGAAGGACUGUUCUCUUUUCUAUGGGAUUCAUAUGCGUUACCGCAUAUUUAAGUAAGGGUACAUACACGCUCGCUAAACAGAACGAUUGGCUACCUAGUUAUUUACAAAAUCAAUACGUACCUAUAUUUUUAAUAGGGAUGUACAUGUUUUCUCUAACCGUUGGCAUAUCAUCUGUCCCGUUUGCGAUAUCUGGAGAAAUAUUUCCUUUAGAAUACAGAGGGUUGGGUGGUGGUAUUGGGACAUUGCCUUUAUCGUUGAAUUUCUUUUUGGCUGUGAAAUGUUUCCCAGUUUUGUCUGGAGCUAUUGGUCUCCCAUACACGUAUUACGUGUACGGUGGGGUGGUGUUUUACUGCCUGAGUGUUCUAUGGUUUAUUCUUCCUGAGACCAAAGGUAGGACUCUUCAAGAGAUUGAGGAUGAGUUAAGAGGAAAAGGUGUUCAUGACGAGAGGAGAGAGUCGGAGCCUCUAAACGGCAAGAUGCUGAUGCGACGGUACAGCUCACAAAUCAUCAUUCAUUAAUACUAGUUUUAGUAACUCCUUUU